CGGACACCUCUCCCUCCUCCGCUCAGCGUAACACACAGAGAAACAUGGCGGCCGCAGCGUCUAUGAUGCCGAUCUUUGGUCAGCAGAUUUCUGCCAGAAGCGACCUGGUUCCGGACUGGACCCGGGAGGAAGUCAGCACCGGGACCACCAUCAUGGCGGUGGAGUAUGACGGAGGAGUUGUGAUCGGCGCAGACUCACGGACCACCACGGGAGCUUACAUCGCCAACAGAGUGACGGACAAACUGACCCGGAUCCACGACAAGAUCUACUGCUGCAGGUCCGGUUCCGCUGCAGACACCCAGGCCAUCGCUGAAGUGGUCUCCUACCAGCUGGGCUUCCACAGCAUCGAGCUGGAGGAGCCCCCCCUGGUGGAGACGGCGGCCAACCUGUUCAGAGCUAGCUGCUACCGCUACAGGGAGGAGCUGAUGGCGGGGAUCCUGGUGGCCGGCUGGGACCGCAGGAAGGGAGGACAGGUGUACUGCGUUCCUAUCGGCGGCAUGCUGGUGCGGCAGCCCGUGGCGGUGGGCGGCAGCGGCAGCACCUACGUCUACGGCUUCAUGGACUCCAACUACAAGGCGGGACUGAACAAGGAACAGUGUCUGGAGCUGACUGCCUCAGCGCUGUCUCUGGCCAUGGAGAGGGACGGCUCCAGCGGGGGCGUCAUCAGGCUGGCCUCCAUCUCUGAGGAGGGCGUGGAGCGACGCGUCAUCCUGGGAAACCAGCUCCCCAAGUUCUCCACCCACUGAGCGUGCUUCUUCUCUUUCUGUUAGCGCAGCAUUGUCAAUAAAGCUUUCAGUCUGUCA